AUAACUGCAGUAUUUUCCAGUUUUGGGUUGUGGUGGUGAUGUGUCUCUCUCUCCGCAGCCAUCGGAGAUUACUCCUCAGGUACCCCUACAUGUCCUAUUGCCCUUUUCCCACCAAUCAAACAAACCUACUUCCCCAUUGAUCUCAUCUCAUUCUUUAGUUCACAUUCCAUUUUUGUAUCGAAAAAGUCGAAAAAUAGAAACUAUCCGGCGAAAAUAAGCAGAAAAAUAAAGUACACUACCAAUUGACUCCUCCUGUCUUGUGUUGGGCUGUUGGUGUGGAUUUUGAAUUUUUGGGUGGAUUGGAAAAUUGGGUUUGUUUGGGAAUGAAGAGGCGAUGAGGAGUGUAGAACAGAGAUGGAGGAUAGAUCUGAGAAUGUACAGUUGAGGUGUGAUAAACUUCCAGGUCAGGUGAUUCCGAAGACUCGAUUACAGGUGUGGUUUAUUAGGGUUUGUUCCAGCAUUUUGAUAUGGACCUGUGUGGUUCAGCUCCUCACGGUGGGCGAGCUCUGGCAUCCACAGAUAUUAACUGGGUUAUCUAAUCGGUUCACUGGGUUUGCGAGAUUAACUGUCCAUGUUGAAGAGGCCAUUGCAUUGCCUCCGCCUUUUCUUCCUGCAAGGAAUUACACAAGUAAUGGUUUCCUUAAAGUGGCUUGCAAUGGGGGCUUGAAUCAGAUGCGUGCUGCGAUUUGUGACAUGGUCAUAGUUGCUCGGCUUUUAAAUCUUACUUUGGUUGUUCCAGAGCUGGAUAAGAGAUCCUUCUGGGCUGAUCCUAGCAACUUUGAGGACAUUUUUGAUGUGAGACACUUCAUUGAUUCACUAAGAGAUGAAGUUCGAAUUGUCAAAAGGUUGCCAAAGAGGUUUACCAGCAGAUAUGGAUAUCAAUCUCUAGAAAUGCCUCCAGUUAGUUGGUCAAAUGACAAAUACUACUUGCAACAGAUCCAGCCGCUUUUCAGUAAGUAUAAGGUGAUACACUUCAACAGAACUGAUGCACGUCUGGCAAAUAAUGGAAUUCCUCUGGAUCUUCAAAAACUCAGAUGCCGUGUUAAUUAUUUGGCGCUCAAAUUCACACCCCAGAUUGAGGCUCUGGGAUACAAAUUGGUUCAUGCCCUUCAAGGGAGGGGACCAUUCGUAGCGUUGCAUCUAAGAUAUGAGAUGGACAUGUUGGCUUUCUCAGGUUGUACCCAUGGUUGCAGUGAGGAAGAGGCUGAGGAGCUCAAACGGUUGAGAGGCGAUGAGGAGUGUAGAACAGAGAUGGAGGAUAGAUCUGAGAAUGUACAGUUGAGGUGUGAUAAACUUCCAGGUCAGGUGAUUCCGAAGACUCGAUUACAGCUCCUCACGGUGGGCGAGCUCUGGCAUCCACAGAUAUUAACUGGGUUAUCUAAUCGGUUCACUGGGUUUGCGAGAUUAACUGUCCAUGUUGAAGAGGCCAUUGCAUCGCCUCCGCCUUUUCUUCCUGCAAGUGAGUAA